AUGGGUAGUGACGCAGGAGCGCGGGGAGGCACGUAUGCGAAAAUGCUAUCUGGCGGUCCUCUCGACGAUGUGCGGACAAAUAAGACUAUAGUUGCAGGUCGCCUGUAUGCUUUACAAUGUGCCCUGAAAAUUGACAAGAAAUCAGAUGAAGCAAAAGUUCUUUUGGUGCGGUUAAUGGACUGGUUGGAAACUCAGAAACAAGCUCUGGCUGAUAAUGAAUCUAUUACUAAUGAUAUAGCUGCUCAAGCACAUAUUGAAAAUUAUGCCUUAAAACUAUUUGUGUAUGCUGACACUCAAGACAGAGCUUCUAAUUUUGGAAAGAAUGUUGUCAAAGCGUUUUACACUUCAGGAAUGCUUUUUGAUGUUUUGCAAACAUUUGGUGAAUUGACUGAAGAAAUAAUGCAAAAUCGCAAAUACGCCAAAUGGAAAGCAGCUUAUAUUCAUAAUUGUCUAAAAAAUGGUGAAACUCCUAUUCCUGGCCCAAUACAAGAUGAAAAUAAUCCUGAAGAUGAUGAACUGGGAGCUGUUGGAGGGAAUACACUUGAAGGUGGAGCUGGGAGCUCAAACCCAUUAGGUUUUUAUUCUCCUCCACCUGAUCAGCCUUCACCUUACAUGCCACCACCUUCUGCCUCUCCAAAUGAGCCAUCAAGUCCUACUCCUGGUGCUAGUCCGUACUUCCCUCCAUCGGGAUACCCUUCAACACCUAGUGGAGGAGUUCCAACUGAUUUGGCAGAUCUGAAUUCUGGAUUUAGUUCUCCGAAUAUUGCAAUUCCAGGGAGCAAUUCCUACCCAGAAGGUUCUUCUGUAGUUUUGAAACCUGAACAGAUUACAAAAGCACAAAAAUAUUGUAAAUAUGCAGCAAGUGCCUUAAAUUAUGAUGAUGUAGCAACAGCUGUAAAUUAUUUAGAAAAAGCAAUGAAAUUAUUGAAAACAGGAGUUGAUGCUUAAAAGAUUUUUGUGCUCGUGAACUUUGUUUGAAAUACCUAUUACCACUGAAGCUUUCCUGACUUGAAUAGAUCACUGGGAAUAAUCACCUUCCUCACUUAAAACCAAUAUUAUUCAUAUAAUCAACUGAAAAAUAUGUAUUAUUUUAUGAAACUUGUAUUUCCAGUUGAUUGGAAAAACAUUUUCAUUACUUUGUAAAUAAUAUCUAAGUAUAACUUUGCAGAAUUAAUGUAUUCUCUAAAUGCCUAAUCACAAAAACUGAACAUGAUAUCAGGAUUUUUUUUUAUAUUCCUUGUUUUGUUAAUUUUGUAUGUGUAUAUGUAUUAAGUAGAGCUACAAUUUUAAAUAAAAAUAUUUUACUUACCUUUUGUAUUUUAUUAUUGUAAAAAUAUAAUAAAAUUCUGUGGUAAGUUAUACUCUGCCUUCUAAGACAAUUUCAGGUCUUUUAUAUAUUUAAUUUCUGAUAUUUAUUUUAAUAAGGCUGUCAAAAUGGCAAGAGUCAAUUUUCAGACAAAAUUUCAAAAUACUGUAAAGUGUUAUAUCAUUAUUCCUAACAGCUCAAGUGCUUUUAAGAAUAUGUUAUCUUACAGUCAUAUAGACUGAUGAAACAUGUUUAAAAAGUCAAGCAAGAGUUCUGUUAAUUCCAGGCAUGCAUCAAUGUGAUUAAUAUGAAAUAAAUUACAAAUAGCCAUGAACUCAUUAUAAAAAAUUAGGACCUGACAUAAUGACGUUUGUAUUGCUUUUCCACCACCCAUCCACUGUCUCCUCUUGUGUGAAAUUGUUUCUGUAAUAUAUAAAUAUAUUAAAGUGUUUAAUUAUGUCAGUAUUUAAUAUAUAAUCUGUAUAUAUAUUAUUAAUACACAUUAUUAAAAAUGAUAAAUAUUGACUUUUUUAAUAAAGAUGCAAAAUUUUUUCCACUACAAUUGACAUCAUUUAUAUUCCUCAAGGAAAAUUUGCAAAAUGUUUUUUGUGAUUGUAAAUUACUGCAUAGUGAAGAUUUAACCUAACUUUUUGCUGUAGCAAAAUAUGAAAACUUUGUUAUCCUGUAUUGUAAACUUUCAUGUAAUUUCAUCAGCAAUUCCUUUGCAAAUGAGUGUUGAGAAAUCAUGAGGUAUGGCAGAAAAUUUCUCUGAAAAAAAUUGUAGAAAUUAUUUUUUUAUCUUAAUGAACUGUUCAUGAACUGUCUCAAGAACAUUCUCAAUUGAAUAGAACUGAAUUACCUUACAUGCUUUACCCUGUGAGGAAGUGCCUAUGUGAAUAAUGUAAAUAUGAGACAUAACUAAAAAUUCCCAAAUCUGCCUUCUACUCCUUCACA